CUCUGAAGAAACACUAACAAUGACGACUAUCUCAGAUCUUCCGUGGGAUUUGGUAGAGAAGAUACUCUCUAGGGUUUCUAUAACUAGUAUCGGAGCGGUAGGAUCCACUAGCAAACUAUGGAACCGUUUGUGCAAAAAUCGGAUAUGGCGUAACCUAGAAGCAAAGAGGCAUCAGUUUCUAGGGUUCAUGGUGAAGAACUAUAAGCUUUGUUUGAUAAGAUUUAAUCUUCUUGGAAUCCUGAACGAAGAAAAAUUUGUGGAUCCAUCUAUAAAGGAGAUCAUCGGGGAUUCACUACUUAAUCAAGUCGAUGUAACUAAAGUCUUCCAUUGCGAUGGCUUAUUGUUAUGCGUCACCAAGGACAAAGAGGAGGUGGACAGAACUAGCCUCGUGGUCUGGAAUCCCUGUUUGGGACAAAUCAGGUGGAUCCAACGACCAAGAAAUAACUACCACAGGUUAGACAGGUAUGCUCUGGGAUAUGACAAGAAGAAGAACCGUAAACAUAAGAUCUUGAGGCUCUUGGAUGAUGACAUCGGAAACAAAGUUUUUGCAUACGAAAUCUAUGAUUUCAGCUCUGAUUCAUGGAGGGUUCUUAAAAUCACUCCGGACUAUGAUAUUAUGUUUUUUCAACGCGGCGUGUCUCUUAAGGGAAAUGCUUAUUUUUUUGCCACAGAAAAACUACAAGUAGUAGUAACAGAAGAAGAAUACACACCAGAGCCACAUAAAUUUUUAAUCUGUUUUGAUUUCACAACAGAGAGAUUUGGACCGCCUCUGUCUCUUCCGUUUAACCACUAUACUAGCGAUACUGGGACUUUGUCUUCUCUUAGAGACGAGAAACUCGCAGCUUUAUAUCAGUGCUGCGAUAUGGCUGAGGUGGAGAUUUGGGUGACGACUAAGAUUGAGGAGCCUAAUGCAGUGUCGUGGAUCCCCUUCUUAAGAAUUGACUUGGAACCACUCACAGGUUUUGAUUUACAGUUUCAGCAUGAUGGUGCGAGUUUCUUUAUUGACGAGGAUAAGAAAAUCGCUGUAGUUUUUCAUUUAGACAGUUCUGAUCAAAUGACCUACUACGACGAUGACCUCAUUGGAGAGAAUGGAUCAUAUGAAGUUACGUGCAACGACACAGCUUAUAUCAUUGGAGAGAAAGGAUACUUUCGAAAGGUUGGUCUAGGAGAAGGUGUCAAGGACCCAAGCCCGCUCAACUUGGGAGAAUAUUGUCCACUUGUGUGUUCUUCCUCUUAUAUUCCGAGUUUAGUGCGUAUAAACUGACCAAUUUACC